CGGUUCGAGGCAAGGUUUCAGUCAAUUUUGAGCAGGCAAGCCAAGCGGACGUACCAGUAGAAAACUAGCUGCAAACGUCUGGAAAAUAACACUGAGCUAGAGUCUUGAGAGGAUUACGUACUUGGAAGCAGCACUCGCACCUCGCCCAACACACAGAAUCAAAACAACAAAAUGUCAGCACGCCGCGUCACAUUGAACACACGCGUCUCGCGCGCCUCCACCUCCACGCCGGUGGGUGGGGCCUCGACCUCGUCCCGGCUGGGCGCCACCUCGCCCACCUCGCCGACGCGCACCACCCGCAUCCAGGAGAAGGAGGAGCUGCAGCACCUGAACGAUCGCCUGGCCUGCUACAUCGAUCGCAUGCGCAACCUGGAGAACGAGAACAGCCGGCUCACCCAGGAACUGAAUCUCGCCCAGGACACCGUCAACCGGGAGACCUCCAACCUGAAGGCCGUCUACGAGAAGGAACUGGCCGCCGCCCGCAAGCUGCUCGACGAGACGGCCAAGGAGAAGGCCAAGCUGGAGAUCGAUAUCAAGCGGCUGUGGGAGGAGAACGACGACCUGAAGCCGAGACUCGAAAAGAAGACAAAGGAGGCUUUGGUGGCCGAGAACAAUGCCCGUCUGUAUGAGACCCGGUACAAUGAGGUCAAUGGCAAGUACAACCAGGCUCUGGCCGAUCGCAAGAAGUUCGAGGAUCAGUCCAAGGAACUCGCCUUGGAGAACGACCGCCUGCGUCGGCAGCUGGAUGAUCUGCGCAAGCAGCUGGAGGCGGAGACCCUGGCCCGCGUGGACCUGGAGAACCAGAACCAGAGCCUGCGCGAGGAGCUGGCCUUCAAGGACCAGGUGCACACCCAGGAGCUCACAGAAACCCGCUCCCGUCGCCAGAUCGAGAUCAGCGAGAUCGAUGGCCGCCUGUCGCGCCAGUACGAGGCCAAGCUGCAGCAGUCGCUCCAGGAACUCCGCGAUCAGUACGAGGCCCAGAUGCGCGCCAAUCGCGAGGAGAUCGAGCUGCUGUACGACAACGAGAUCCAGAACCUCAAGGCCGCCGCCAACAGGGCAGCCCAGGGAUCCGCUCAUGCCACCGAGGAAGUGCGUCUCAUGCGCGUCAAGAUCGAUGGCCUCAAUGCCAAGCUGCAGGAUCUGGAGAACACCAAUGCUGGUCUGAAUGCUCGCAUUCGGGAGCUGGAGAACCUUUUGGACACGGAGCGCCAGCGCCACAACCAGUACAUUGCCUCCCUGGAGGCCGAGCUGCAGCGCAUGCGCGACGAGAUGGCCCACCAGCUGCAGGAGUACCAGGAUCUGAUGGACAUCAAGGUGUCGCUGGACCUCGAGAUCGCCGCCUACGACAAGUUGCUGUGCGGUGAGGAGCGUCGCCUGAACAUCGAGUCGCCCGGACGUCCAACUGCCGAUUCCGGGAUCUCCAGCAAUGGCACCCACUUGUCCGCCAGUGCUAGCUCCCGAUCCGGAAGGGUGACUCCCAGUGGACGUCGCUCGGCCACGCCCGGAAUCUCGGGAUCCAGUGCCGUCAAGCGACGCCGCACCGUGAUCGAUGAGAGCGAGGAUCGCACUCUGUCCGAGUACUCCGUGAACGCCGCUGCCAAGGGCGAUCUGGAGAUCAUCGAGGCGGAUGUGGAGGGACGCUUCAUCAAGCUGCACAACAAGGGCACCGAGGAGAUCAACCUAACCGGCUGGCAGCUAACCCGCAUUGCCGGCGACGAGGAGCUGGCCUUCAAGUUCUCGCGCGGAUCCAAGGUUCUGGGCGGUGCUAGUGUGACCAUUUGGUCGGUGGACGCCGGAACCCCGCAUGACCCACCAAACAACCUGGUGAUGAAGAAGAAGUGGCCGGUGGCCAACUCGAUGCGAUCGGUGCUGGCCAAUGCCGACAAAGAGGUGAGAGUCUUGUCCAUAUACAACACGUGCGGCACUUGCGACAUCUGCCGCCACUGCAGACACCUCGAGUUUGUGCUCGACCAGAUGUUGCCAGCUACGACCGUGUCCGUGCUAACGUUUCCAGCCACACCUCGCGGCAUCGCAGCAGCGGCACGCCCAGCACGGGCUUUACCCUCGGUUCCGGAGCAGGAUCCACUGGAGUGAGGAGUCUCUUCUCCCUGCUCUUCUAGGCGGCUCACAGGACUCGAAUCGGUUUGGUUUGGCGCAGAGGCACCUCUUCCAAACAGCCCUCAACCCCCCUUAACUCACCGCAGAGACUCACAGACUCGGAGCUGCACAUUCACACACUACACGUAGAUCGUUAUAAUAUAUACAUUAUAUAGAUCCUUAUCACAUAUCAAGCAACAUGUGACUUAUGUACAACCAACAAAACUUUGUUCAACUCUUAAUGUUAAAUGUUUAAGUGCCCUUAGUUCAUGUCUUUGACUCUAUGCGUCUCCUAUGUAUGCUUAAGUAAGAUUUUUUCACACUCUCUUUGUAAUUUAUGAUGAGAACAUGCAUUUUGGUAAAAAUAAAAAAGAUAUAAAUGUUGAAAGAGAGAAAAA